GGCUGAAGCGCUGGGCCCGCCUUGGCUCCAGGCAGGGGUGGCUUCACCACGGGGCGCGGGCUGCGCCCUGCGGCCGGGUCGUGCCGGGGAUGUCGGAGAAAAAGAAGAAGAAGGUGGAGGUGUAUUGCGUCAAUUGCACCGCUAAGAAGGAGCCCGCAGGCGUGUACUGCGUCGACUGCAAGAAGCCCCUCUGCAAGUUCUGCGUGGCCCUGCUGCACCACCCGACCACCAAGGCUGAGAAGCACUCGAUCGAGGAGGUGGACGCCGAGCAGUCCCUGGAGAUCCUGACCCCCAUACUGCUGGAUUUGCUCGUGCUGGGGGGCGUGGCCUUCCUGAUGAGCGGGUCCAGCAUCACCCCCGAGUACUUCCAGGGGACGAGCUACUGCCCAGGGAUGGCGCAGGCCAGGUCGGCGUUCAUGAAGUACGACCCGAACUUGUUCUUUUACUUCAAGGCAGACAUCGCCAAGUAUUGCGACCUGGAGGACUCCUACUGGAGGUUCUUCAUGGACACGUGGAUCCGGGGCGUCCUCACGGAGACAGACACGUGGCUCCUGAUCUGUUCCGAGCUGAUCAAGGCUCUUGUCUUCGAGGAGCUCGUGCGCAUUGUCAUCUCGCACGUCAUCCCCUGGUUCUUCGCGCCGGUGGCCACGCUGGUGAGGUUCGUGGAGGUCCAGAUCCAGAGGUUCACGUAUGACCACGAGGGGCGCAAGCACACGCUCACCCACUUCCUGGAGAAGACCGCGAAGGUCGUGGAGAAGAUCAGCCUCGCGCCCAAGCUGAAGCUGGACUCGGGCAUCGCGGUAGUCCCGAGGACCCUGCGCCGCAGGAGGCCCAGCGAGGACUGGCUCGAGGAGUGGUCGUACCGGUGGAGCCGCCUCACCCGCAGGCAGCACCUCUACUCGGUGGAGGCGCACCGCGCCUGCACCUUCGUGCUGAGGGGCACCCUCGUCUUCGCGGUGAUUGUCCGCGUGGCCUGCAUGUUCACGGGCGGUGAGCUGUUCAGGAGCCUGGCGCAGCUCUUUGGCGCCGACAGCGUGAUCGAAACCCACCUGCAGUGGUUCGAGGAGAACACCGGCAUGACCCCCAAGUCCAAGGGUGGCCACAUUUCCGACUGGGCCGCCGCCGUGCUCGUCCAGCAGGCCCUCAGCGGCAUCGCGCCGCGCCUCUUCGGCAGUGCGCAGGGGCUCGGCAAGGGCGUGGUGAGCCUCUCCGGGGCCUCGGUGUGGGUGCUGCUCAGGUUCGCGGUGGUGUUUGCGCUGCUGGCGGGGGUCAUAUUCGGCGGGCCGAUGUUCAUCUUCUGGAAGCUGGGGCGCCAGAAGGAGGACUUCAAGAAACGCUGGGGAAAGCCCACGAAGGAAGGGGGAUACGAAAGCGGGUACGGCAAGAUGGUCUGGGGCGACAUGUCGAAGACAAACCCGUGCUGCGACUGGAAGAGCAACAGCUACAGGCCCGAGUAGCCAGGGGGGGUGGCCGUCGCGGGCGAGGGAGCAUAGCCAGCGAUGCGGAGCGGCAUG